AUUUUGCUCAGAUACUAGCUAGAUUGAUCAAAAAAUGAACCACCAAGAGAUUCAGAACUUGCUUUAUCAACAAUUCCAAUUUUCAGAAUCAAGAAUCAAAUCUUUAUACUCGAACUUUGAUGAUUUAAUCGUUGAUAAUAUUGAUGGCUAUCAGGCAAACUUGCAAAUUUGGAAAGACUUAUUAUCCAAAAUCAUCUCAAAUUUGAAUAUAUUGAUAUUUGAUUUUAGUAACAUUCUAGAUGAUUUAGCUUAUCAUCACAAAUCAAAAUCAGAAGACCACUUAAUUCCAUUGUCCUUAGACACUGUUAUAAACGAUUUAAUCAAUGACGAUUCAAUGGAAAAUAGAUUUUUUUUACCUCUAACUCUUUUCAACAAUUCUAAAACCUCGAUUUAUUACAAAAAGAAUUUGGUUUCAAAUUUGGUUUAUUGGGUUUUAAACAAAUUAACUGUUGGUUUUAUUAACAGUGGUAUUAAUUACAAUAUUAAUAAAAACUCAUCGAAAUCCUCAUCUUCAUCAUUACUGCUUUCAAAAAAAGGAAAUUAUCUUAAAAGUGAUCAAUUCAUCAACAUCUUCUUUCUAAAUAAAUUGAGAUUGUUAAUUCUUGAACAAAUCAACGAAGUGAAUUUAAUAACCAAUAAAAUCUUUUUAAAAGAUGAUUUAAUCUUAAUUUUAAAAAAUAUAUUUCUAACAAAAUUAGAAUCAUUUAAUCCAACUUUAAAUUAUCAAAAUAAUGAAGAAACCUAUUUUGACUCAAUUUUCACUUAUUUAUCAAGAGAUAAAAACGACAUUAUAAUUUCAACUGAUUCAGCUACUAAGAAUCAAUUUAUUAAAUUCAAAUCUAGUAAUAAUGAGUUGACAAUAACUGAAGAAGAAAAAUCAAUUGCUCAAAUCAAAUACUCAAUUAGUUUGCUAAAUUUGCAAAUCACCAAAACUGACUCAAAAAUUUCUGAUGUAGAAUCAAAAAUUAAAAAUUUAUUGCCAAUUACUAUCUCCAAUAAACCGAUAAUCAAAAUCUACUUGAAAUCAAAAAAAGUUUUGCAAUCAAAUUUAAUUAAAUUUAUUACAAAUCUAGAUCAAUUAGAUAGUAUUUUAAGCAGUAUAAACCAAGCAAAAACUAACAUUAUUAUGGCUGAUACUCUUCAAAAAUCUAACCUUAUUUUGAAAGAUUUAAAUAAUAAAAUUAGUUUAGAUGAAUUGGAAAAUCUAAUUGAUGAAAUUGAUGAUCAAAAAUCUCAAAUUGAUCAAGUUAAUCAAGAAUUAUCAAGAUUAUCAGAUACAAAUGAUGAUAUUAUUAUCAAUGAAGAAAUUGAUAAAGAAUUCGAGCAAAUGCUAAAGGAAGAGAAAUUAAGAGAAGAAAAAUUAAAAGAAGAGAAAUUAAAGGAAGAAAAAUUAAAAGCAGAAUUAAAAGCAGAAUUAAAAGAAGAAUCAAAAGAAAAACAAAAUAAAAUAUUAGCUGAAACCAAUCAAAACACACCAACUCCACUUGAAAGUCAACCAAAAGAAGACCUGCUCAAAAUUUCGAAAGAGAAAACAGAAGAAACACCUUCUGUCAAAAAUAAUGAGACCGCAGAAUCCUUAGAGGUUUCUACAAAUCAUUCAAGUUUGGUUGAAAGACUAAAUAAUUUAAAGAUUGCUCACAAAAACUCAGUUGAACAAAAUCUUUCCAAAGCUGAUCAGGAAAAAGAGAAAGAAAAAUUACAAGUUGCAAAUUAAACAUUAUUUUUGGAAUUGAUUAUUUUUUUUUAAAGAGAUUUUAUAUUUUAUUAUCAAGCCCUUUUAAUUAUUUUAUAGAUAUACUGGCAUUUUAUUUCAUUUAUUUGAGGUUAAGUUAUAUUAAGCAAUCUUUCAAGUAUCUCAAUUAACUUUUAAUAACUUGAUACUUCUUUUUUUUUUUAGUGAAUACAAUCGUUU